CAGUCGGCUUCUGUAGAGGUUUAUAGCCUUGGAAACCCUAUGGGGCAGUUCUACUCUGACCUAUAUGGUCGUUAUGAGUUGGAAUUGACCCCACAGCAGUGGCUUUGGUUUAGUUUGGUUUAUGUACUCCAAAUUAUCUCAUAUUCCCUUGACCAUCAGAAUAGGCUCUGUGGCAUCCCAUUUAAUCAUAUCUGGAUAGUAUUCCCAAAAUAUGACCUCCCCAAUUUUAUACAACCAUUUGUACAGCCAGUAUUGAGCACCUACUCCAUGCCAGGCACUGUUUUAGGUAACGGGGAUCCACUGGUAAACCAGACUGACAAGUUCUUGCCCUUGUAGAAAUUAUGUUUUGCUGGGAGAAAGCAAACAGUAAACAAAGAAGCAGAUAAAUUAACAAGAUAAUUUCCCAUUGUGAUUAGUUCUAUGAAGGAAACAAAAGAAGGUACAGUGAAUGGCAUGAUCAGGAAAGUCUCUCAGAGGAGCUGACAUUUCAGCGGAGACAAGAAGUUGGACCUGCCAAACGUGGGGAAGAGGGUUCCAGGCAGACAGAACAGUAAAUCUCAUGGCCCUGAGGCAGGGAAGAACUUGGCGUGCUUGAGGAACAGAAAGGAGGCCAGUGAGAUUAUAAGGCAGGGUAUGAAGGAAAAAGUGGAACAAGAGGAAGCCAGAGAGACAGGUAAGGGCCCUGCCAUGUGGCACUUGAGCUGGAGCCUGUGCUCCUCCACUUAUCACCUGCUUUUGGAAGUCACCAGCCUCUCUGAGCUCCAGUUUCCUCAUCUGUAACAUGGGUAUGCCAGUAAUUCCUAUAUCACAGGAUCUGAUUUUGUUAAUACAAUAAUAACUACCAUUUAUUGCAUUUUGUUGUUCUUAGUUAGCUGCUUUCCAAUUCAUUCCAACUCAUGGUGACCGAAGGUGUUACUAGAACUUCUCCAUAGGGUUAUCUUGGCUGUAAUUGUCACCGUGAGUCAGAAUCCACCCAACAGCAACUGACAAAAAUCUUAAUGGAAGCAGAUCCUCGGGUCUUUCCUUCCGUGGUGCUCCUGGGUGAGUCCGAACCACCAGCCUUUAGGCUGGCAGUCUAGGGCAAACUGUUUGCGCCAUCUACCAACUGACUCGAAAGGAAUAGGUUUGUUUUUUAUACUAGGCAUUUUUCAUAAAUUAUUUUACUUAAUCUUCACCACUGGGAAAGACAGAUACCAUUCUCCCCAUUUUACACAUGUAACUUGUCCAAGGUCACAAAGUAGUAUCAGAGCUCAGAAUGGAACCCAGAUACGGCUGACCCUAGUUUUGUUUCACUCCAAAACCGCUGUGCUAUACUAACGUAAAAUUUAUAAUUAUUGUUAUUGCUGUUAUUGAAUUAUCAACGCAAAUCGCCUUCUGUGACUUGGCCCAUGGCCCAGUGGUUGAUAGGAUCCACGUGACGGCUCCUUCUUGGACCCUGGGUCCAACAGCGCAAACUUGGAGUUGCCUAAACACAGCUAACCUGGCAGCGUGGAGGGGAGACGCUGGCAUAGGAGACUCCUGCACUCAACUCCACCCUCCCAGGCCUGGGCCUACCCUCUGAAGUGCAAGUACAGGCUCAGGAGGCACUGUAAAAUCUCCUUUUUAACCAUUCUUAAGAAAAAUAUUAAGAUGGCCAAGGAAAGGGGCCUAAUAAGCCCCAGUGAGUUCGCCCAGCUACAAAAGUACUUGGAAUAUUCCACCAAAAAGGUCAGUGAUGUCCUAAAGCUCUUCUCCGAGGAUGGCGAGAUGGCUAAAUAUCUCCAAGGAGAUGCCAUUGGGUACGAAGGAUUCCAGGAAUUCCUGAAAAUCUAUCUGGAAGCGGAUAAUGUGCCCAGUAACCUGAGCCUGGCACUGUUUCGAUCCUUCCAGGCAGAUCACUGCUCAAAAGAGACUGUGCAUAAAGAAGUGGUGUGUCUCAGUGAUGUCUCCUGCUACUUUUCCCUUCUGGAGGGUGGCCGGCCAGAAGACAAGCUAGAAUUCACCUUCAAGCUGUACGACACGGACAGAAAUGGGAUCCUGGACAGCUCAGAGGUGGACAAGAUCAUCACACAGAUGAUGCGAGUGGCUGAAUAUCUGGAUUGGGAUGUGUUUGAGCUGAGGCCGAUUCUUCAGCAGAUGAUGAAAGAGAUUGACUAUGAUGGCAGUGGCUCUGUGUCCCUAACUGAGUGGCUCCGGGCUGGGGCCACCACCGUGCCACUGCUAGUGCUGCUGGGUCUGGAGAUGACCCUGAAGGACAAUGGGCAGCACAUGUGGAGACCCAAGAGGUUCUCCCGACCAGUCUACUGCAACCUGUGUGAAGCGAGCAUUGGUCUUGGCAAACAGGGACUGAGCUGUAACCUCUGUAAGUAUAUCGUUCACGACCGGUGUGCCAUGAAGGCCAUGCCUUGUGAAGUCAGCACCUAUGCCAAGUCCCGGAAGGACAUUGGUGUCCAGUCACAUGUGUGGGUGCGAGGAGGCUGUGUAUCCGGGCGCUGUGACCGUUGUCAGAAAAAAAUCCGGUCCUACCACAGUCUAACUGGGCUGCAUUGUGUGUGGUGCCACCUAGAGAUCCAUGAUGACUGCCUGCAAGCCACGGGCAAUGAGUGUGACUGUGGGCUGUUCCGUGAUCACAUCCUCCCUCCAUCUUCCAUCUACCCCAGCGUCCUGGCCUCUGGACAGGAUCGUAAAACUAGCAAAACGAGCCAGAAGAGCAUGGAAGACUUAAAUUCAGGCACUUCUGAGGCCCUGCGGAUUGACCCUGUUUCCAAUACCCACCCACUUCUUGUCUUCGUCAACCCUAAGAGUGGCGGGAAACAGGGGGAGAGGGUGCUUUGGAAGUUCCAAUAUCUACUAAACCCUCGUCAGGUGUUCAAUCUCCAAAAGGAUGGUCCUGAGCCAGGGCUCAAAUUCUUCAAAGAUGUUGCUGAUUGCCGGAUUUUGGUGUGUGGUGGAGACGGCACAGUAGGCUGGAUUCUAGAGACCAUUGACAAAGCCAGUUUGCCUGCUGUGCCUCCUGUCGCUGUGUUGCCCCUGGGUACUGGAAAUGAUCUGGCUCGUUGCCUAAGAUGGGGAGGAGGAUAUGAGGGACAGAAUUUGGGAAAGAUCCUCAAGGAUUUAGAGAUGAGUAAGGUGGUACAUAUGGAUCGAUGGUCCGUGGAGGUGAUACCCCAACAAACUGAAGAAAAGAGUGACCCAGUCCCCUUUCACAUCAUCAAUAACUAUUUCUCCAUCGGUGUGGAUGCCUCCAUUGCUCACCGGUUCCACAUCAUGCGAGAGAAGUAUCCUGAGAAGUUCAACAGCAGAAUGAAGAACAAACUAUGGUACUUCGAAUUUGCCACAUCUGAAUCCAUCUUCUCAACUUGCAAAAAGCUGGAGGAGUCUUUGACAGUUGAGAUCUGUGGGAAACCCCUGGAUCUGAGCAACCUGUCCCUAGAAGGCAUUGCAGUGCUGAAUAUCCCUAGCAUGCACGGUGGCUCCAACCUCUGGGGUGAUACCAAGAGGCCUCAUGGAGAUAGCCAUAUCAACCAGGCCCUUGGUGCUACAGCUAAAGUCAUCACUGACCCUGAUAUCCUGAAAACCUGUGUACCAGACCUAAGUGACAAGAGGCUGGAAGUGGUAGGGCUGGAGGGCGCAAUUGAGAUGGGCCAGAUCUAUACCAAGCUCAAGAAUGCUGGGCAUCGGCUGGCCAAGUGCUCUGAGAUCACCUUCCACACCACAAAAACCCUCCCCAUGCAAAUUGAUGGGGAACCCUGGAUGCAGUCACCCUGUACAAUCAAGAUCACCCACAAGAACCAGAUGCCCAUGCUUAUGGGCCCUCCUCCCCGCUCCUCCAAUUUCUUUGGCUUCUUGUGUUGAGGAAGAGAGCCUCAGCCUCCGAGCCAGCCUCGUACCCACCUCCGCGUCCCUGGACUCUCCACCCCGUAGGCUCUGUACAUUGCUGCCACACCCUCCUGCCCUGGCUCAGGGGAGUGUUCCUUCAGCCUCACAGUAUUUAUUAUCCUGCACCACCUCCACUACUUGCCAUGCACACAUGUGUACGCAUGUGCACGCACACGCACACACCACAAACACAUACGCUGAAAGUGCCUCCUCUGAAUAAAAUGACUUUUUCUCUCACUAGGCUAUCUGUUG